CAUAGUUUCAAUACGGAUGAUUUAAAAAGAAUGAAAUUCGAAUUAAAUCCUUAUAUUGUAAUGCAGAUUAAUAUGCAUAAUAAUAUUUGGAAUUUCAUAGGCGAUACAUUCGGUACAACAACCAUAACGGUUCAUCCGCCAAAUAUUUUACCAAAUAAACGUCGUUUUCGUUCAUUUCAAGUACAACGUAGUUCAUAUUAUGAAGUUAGUUUUACAAAGAAAACUACACAUAAAUUACCAACACCAUAUCGUACCAAUUGUAUUGAUUAUCUAAAUGAUAAGAUAUUUGCUCGUUAUCGUACCCAGGAUAUGUGUCGUAAUGUUUGCAUAAAAGAAUAUUCAUAUGGAAUUGAUGAUUGUGCAAAUUAUUAUAUGGCACUUUCUACAAGAAUGUUUUCGGAAGAUAAUUCUGAAUAUAUUUGUGAUCAUGAUUAUCAGAAUUAUACAACAUUUUUAUCAGCUGAAAAUCAUUGUGAAAAUCGUUGUCCAGAUGAAUGUUUACAGACAAUAUUUCAGCUAAAUGGCCGUAUCGAUCCAGUGAUGACCAAUGGUUAUGGUUGGCCAUUAUAUGAUAAUCCAGAUACACAUACAAUUGUGUUGAUAAAAAUAUCACCAAAACCAUUUCAAAUUAUUCAACAUAGGCCACGAAUAUCACGUGAAGAAUUUGUUGGUAUAAUUGGUGGUCAUCUUGGUAUUUGGCUUGGCCUGUCGAUUUAUCUAGUUAUUCGUUUUAUUGUAAAUUUUAUUUUUAAUAUCAUCAAACGAUUAGUUUAUUUUUUCAAUUUAUUUAAAAAACAACCGCAUCAUGAUAUAGAACAACGACAAAGUGUUAGGUUAUGAAAUUUAAUU